GAGAUCCGACAGAUGCAGCAACAUGUUUGGGAGAACUCUCUUUCCAGCCCGUGCUCUUUGCUCUGGCCUUUUCAAAACUCCCCUUAGAACUCUGGCAACACGGCCUGCACUCUCCAUUGGUGGGAUUUACCCUCCUAUUGCCACUCCGUUUACUGACAAAGAAGAGGUGGACUAUGGCAAACUGCAUGAGAACCUCCAAAAAUAUUGCUCCUUCCCCUUCAGUGGGUUUGUAGUCCAAGGAUCGAAUGGAGAAUAUGCUUACCUGACCAGGGAGGAGAGACUGGAAGUGGUGCGUCGGGUACGCCAAGCUGUGCCGAAGGAAAAACUGAUAAUGGCUGGUUCAGGAUGUGAAUCUACACAAGCCACAAUUGAGAUGACGGUGGAGAUGGCUCAGUCUGGAGCAGAUGUUGUUCUAGUGGUGACACCAUCCUACUACAGAGGCAAGAUGACCAGCUCUGCACUUGUUCAUCAUUACACUAAGGUAGCCGACCACUCCCCUGUCCCCGUGGUUCUGUACAGUGUACCUGCCAACACUGGCUUGGACUUACCUGUGGAUGCUGUAGUUACUCUGUCUCAACACCCUAACAUCAUAGGCUUAAAAGACAGUGGAGGGGAUAUCACUCGCAUAGGCCUCAUCAUUCACAAAACCAAACAUCUGGGCUUCCAAGUUUUGUCUGGAUCUGCUGGCUUUUUACUGGCUGGAUAUUCUGUAGGUGCUGUUGGGGGAGUUUGUGCUCUUGCGAAUGUCCUCGGAGCUCAGGUCUGUGAACUGGAAAACCUUUGUUUGAAUGGUCGGUGGCAAGAAGCAAAGGAGUUACAGCACCGUCUCAUUGAACCUAACUCUGCUGUGACGCGCAAGUUUGGCAUCCCAGGACUGAAACAAGCUAUGGACUGGUUUGGUUUCAAUGGGGGAAAAUGUCGCUCUCCACUCCUCCCAUUGACAGAGCAAGAAAUAAAGGAACUAAGGCACAUUUUCACUGUAAAUGGCUGGCUAUCAUCGUGAGAGGAUUGAAGUCGUCAAUAGAAGCACAUUAUAUUAUGUGAUCUUCCCAAACACCCAAUAUUUUUGUACAUUAUUGUUCCUUUCAGUAAUGUUACUUUAUUACCGUUUAAUCCAAUAAAAACAUGCCAAUAUCAAUAUAAAUAAA